AAGACAAUGUUUUACGUACAAGAUUUCCAAGUACAAAGAAAUAACAAAAUAUUUGCCGCCUCGGAAAGAAGUGAAAAUACAUUUAGUGUAAUUAUCUGCAAGAAUAAUGUGAAGGAAAACAUAUCGAAAUAUUCCCUAGUAAUUGCUGCUAAACCUUUGAAUUACUUUAUGUCCUUGUUCGGAUCCAAAUUGGUGUCUUAUAAGAAAAAUGAAAUAACUAGUGUCUCACUCUUUAAUAAGCUUUACGCAUUAUUCCUCAUCGCAGUUCAUCUAUUUAUUGUUUUAGCAAUAUAUAAACCACGAAGCUGGAUAGAUACAAGAUCUGAUGUUCCACUUAACGUAUUGACAAAAACAUAUGGCAUAUUAUCCAUUAUUGAAGGCGACUAUUCUAUUUUCUGUAUCGCCAUCUUUAAUUCACAAUGUUUUGUCGAACUUUUCAAUAAAUUGGAUGAACUUGAUACUGUUUUUCAUGUUUCAAAAGCAGUUUUUACAAGAAGACGGAUUUUGUCAACGUUUUUGGUCAUUCUACCAGUGGCACAGUUGCUCAGCACAUUUUGGUUGAGAAAGUUUAACAUACAAAAUAUUGGUGCUCAUAUAAAUUUCUUUUUUCUAAUGUUACAAGGAUCUAUCUUUUACUUUAUCAUUGUAAAUAUUUAUGUUAAACUCCUCAUGCUAAAUGCACUUCUGAUGAAAAUGCUGCGGACAACGAUGUCGAAACAAAGAGAGAUAAUAUUUAAAGAUACCGUUUGUGACUGGAUCAUCAAGAGUGUUUGCGUGGAACCGAAAAUAGUAAGAGGAGAUCAACAUUCCUGGUUUGAAUUGAUGCAAAUUUAUGACAAACUAGCUGAUUGCGUUCAUCUCUUCAAUGAAAUAUAUUGCGGUCAGAUAUUUUUUAUGUAUAAUACGUGGUUGUUGGGUACGCUAUUGACGAUUUGUCGUUCGUUAUCACCUUCCCUAAAAUACUCUGAAAUAUUUCUAAGUGAUUUAUUUUUAUAUUUUUGCAUAAACGGUCGACCUUUAAUCUUGGCCACCAUAUCUGAGAUGUUUAUAAGAGAGAGAAAGAAAACUGUAGAAGUACUUUUACAUGUGUUACGAUUGCACGAAGAAGAUGAUCAACUGUUCAGUCAAAUAAAAACUAUUAUAAUGUUGGUUACAACUCGCAAACUGGAAAUAUCGGCAAAUGUCUUCACUAUCAACGUACCAACUGUUAUGAACUUUGCUGGUCGAAUUAUAUCGUAUACGGUUCUCAUGAUCCAAUAUUUCUACAGCCAUGAUAAUCAAAAAUAAAAAUCAUUUGUAAUUAUUUUAUUUGACGAAAAUCGUUGGAAAAUGUAUCGGGAUUCAUGUACAAUAUUAGUAGCUCCUUUUUAA